GAGGCGGAGAGUCCAACACCCACGCGGCCACGCCCCCUAACUUCCCCGGAAUUACCAUUCCGCCCCUCGCCCCUCGCCACCCCAUCCCACCCGGCCACCCCUGCCUUGACCAACUGAACCCACAGGCCUCGCCGGCGAUGCCCUCCUCCUCCUCCUCCUCUUCCUUCGCCGCCGCCGCAGCCGACGGCGGCGGCGCCAUUCCCAGCGGUCCGUCUUCUACGCUCUCCCCGAACGCCGCUCCCUACACCCUCCUCGCGCGCCAGGCCCGCGCCCCUCCCGGGCGCCUCCAGGACGGUGAUGCUUCGAGUUUGAUUGAUGAUAACUUUGUGUUGAAUGGAGAGGACAACGAUUCGUACUCGGUGUUGUUGGCAACCCGCUUUGGGAUGAAGCCGAGUGACGAUGUUUAUCCAAGCUGUGUAUAUGGAAUUCACAAAAGUCAGCCAAGCUCGUCAUGUGGAAUUCCUGCCAGUGUCUAUCCAUCUCCAAGUUCCUCAGUUGCGAUAGUUUCAGAGCCAUCUGUUACCAUAGUUUCCGAUUUCAAGCAGCACCGAAUUCCCUUGACCUCAGGGAAGGUAAAGGUGACGAUCAGAAGCCCCCCGAAUAAAACUUCAGAAACUGACAACACCAGUAUUGGUUCUAUUAACAAAUUGGCUAUGAGGCAAAAUGAUGAAUCCAAUAAAGAGACCGGGAAAGAUGUCCCCUUUCGUGGAAACUUAGAAUUCAGUAAUCCUGUUAAUGGAAAUGGUACUUCACAGGGCACCUUGGUUUUCUCGAAAGAGCUAAAUCCUGAAUUCAGUGUGAAGCCUCAUGGACCAUCUGCAUGUUCUAGCCCAUGUGUUACAGUGGCUGAUGAUGUGAAUCCUGAUCCAUCAGAGUGCUCUGUGGAUUCACCGUGCUGGCGAGGGACAGCUUCUCGUCUCUCUCCUUUUGACAUUCAUCAAACAUUAGUUGCCCAAUCUGUGAAACAAGAAUCAGUGGCUUCUGAUGCAGGGCAGGAACAAAGCUCUAGCAUUGAUUAUCUUCAGAAUUUUGUCACUAGGAAGAGUAAGCAAAAUCAUUCCCAACCCCAUGUUGAAUCGGGUCUGUCCAAAGCACCUGGAGACAUUGGUACAAACCUGAUACAAGAUUCCCAUGGGAAGGAGCUCGAGUUUGUGAAACAUGGUGCAGCAAAAUGCAAUUCAGAGAAGCAGUGUUCAGAAGUGAUAGAUGAUCUCAUAAAACGAUCUGGCCUAAACUCUGCUGCUCCUGAUUUUAUUCCCUUCUCAGUUAGGAAAUCAAAUACCAGCAAUGUUACAGGUUCCUGUUCCUCAUCUGGAUUGAACAUAUCAGGAAUUCUGAAGGCCAUCAAGAGUAUGUCGGAGGUGCUAUGUGGUAAUUAUUCUGAUGAAAUUGAGAUGAAGGAGCAUGACUACAACCUCCUCCAAUCAGUAAUUGAGAAUCUUCAGAGCUGUCUUCAUAAAGCAAGAAAGGUUCCUUUUAAGGGUGCUUUUGACAAGGCAAGAGGACUAAAGGCUUGCUAUCCUCAGAAUGCAGUUUCAAAAUCUGUCACAGGAAACUACAGUGGUAGUUACACUGCUGAUAAUGGAAAAGGCAUAAUUAUCUCUAAUCUUGCUGAUUCUAGUCGUUUUCUCGGUGACUUAAGGAAAAAGUGCAUGAUAGGGUACCAGCCUUCACUCAACAAUUUUCCAAAGGAUCUCUCUUGUGAGGAGGAUCACUCACAGGCUAUUAUCUAUAAGAAUUUGUGGAUCGAUGCAGAACGUGCAAAUUGUGCGUUGAAGUAUCAACUGAAACAAACUUGUAUGGAAAUUGAUCUAGAGUCUAGCAGGGCUCAUAUUGGUGGUGGUUCAAGAAUCCCUUCUUUCCAUGUAUGUGAUACGGGUGCACACCCAUGUAGUUCCAAUGGAUCUGCCAUAACUAGCCCCCUGAUGCUCGAGGACUGUCCUGGAGGAAGAAAUAGUCAUAACCUCCUUUAUGCCGACCACAUUCAGUCAGGAGAGAGCAGUGUUCUAUCAAGUUCAAAAGGUCACAUAACUGUGCCCAAGAAUACUGAGGAUGAAUAUUUCCUGUCAGGCUUGGAAGAAACUGGCGUCCACCUCCAUGCGCAUUCUGGUCUACAAAUGGCAUCAAAUAGGGCUCACAGAGGAUUGGACGCAAGCACUUCUGAUGGAAUGCGAUCACUCUCACAUAUCACUGGAAGAGACGGCAUUUCGUGUGGCAGUUGUGGGUUUGGAUCUUCAGAUUGGGAGCAUGUGCUGAAGGAAGAAAUCGGCUCAACCUGAAAAGAUAUGGCAGCCAGAUGCAUAUAUAGCUACUGUACAUGAGUGACCAUGGACGCUGAGGAAGUGAGGAAUUCAGGGCCUCUGGGUGUAUAUUUUGCUUGACAAGGCUGAUGAAUGGGCACCGCUUUGCAAAACGGUGCUGCUCCAGCCUGCAGAAAAUUAGGAACAACAUUUAUAAACCAUAACUUGGAUGAGUAUGCUAAUUGUCUAUGCCACUAGGUGCUAAUGCUAUGUUGGCACGUGAUUAAUAUUAUUCAGUUUGCUGAUUCUGGUAUA